AUAUAUAUUCACUGUGACUUCAAUGUGGGAUAGUCUUUCAUAAUCCAAAAGUAUAGUAGGCUGAACCAAGCUCAGAGUCUCCCAUCUCCCAUCUGCAUAUAUUCUUGAUUUCUUUGUAAGAAAUCCCAACAAUCUCAAAUGUACAGCUCUGAGCUUCCCCAGAAGACCCUUCAAAUCGAGGAAGAUGACAAGUUCUUCUCUAGGCUUUUAUCCAAAGAGAGCUCUGUGGCUAACCCUUCUCUCAGGGUACCGUAUUAUGGAGGAAUAUCUGGUGCUGUUCCAUUCAUGUGGGAGUCUCGGCCUGGAACUCCUAAACAUACCUUUUCUCACGCUACUCUAGUACCACCUCUUACUCCUCCUCCCUCCUAUUAUUCCAAUUCUAGCAAAAAAUCCAUCAAGAAGCGCUCAAGAUCCAAUCUCUUACAUGCUAUAUUCCCAAAAAUCAGUCUUAAAAAGGGUACUACCACAGUGUCUCCGUCGCCAUCUUCAGCAUCAAUCUCAUCGACAUGGUCGUCACCAUCAGAUUUGUCAUUAUCUGCUCCAAUUACUGAUGCAAAGUUUCAUGGAAUGAAGCGAUUUUUAAGCCAAAGUUCAUCCUUUGAUUCCAGGGAAGAUGAUGAUCAUCAAAAAGGCGCCCUUGGUUCACUUCAACACUGUGUUUUGGCAUAUUUAGGGUGCUGCGCUUCGAGGCUAGCUGCUACCGGCUGUGAGAAUUAAAAAAGCCUUGCUGUCAAAGGGAGGAGGGGGAUGUUGAAAAUGUAAGCUACAUGAAGCUGAUCAAGAUGUGGCCAAAUUUGGAAUAAGUUCAAAUCUCAAAUGAAAGAUCCCACCUCGAUAAUUUCGUAUCAUACUCGGAACAUAAGGCUGGAGCUAGCACUACUAUUCCAUCUCCACCAUGAGCAAAACUCGUCCUCGGCCUUGUUCUAAUUAUUUUUCCUGUUUUCAAUUUUUUCUUUUGUUCUCUUAAAGUAUAAGUUCUCUAUUUGAACUCACAUGGUGGAUUUUAGAGAUA